AUCGUCGCACGCCAGCUGACAAGGGGUGUUGUCUGACAUGUCUGAUGUUUCCUAGCAUGAAUUUCAAAUACUUUAUUCUGUUUACUUGUGGACUAGUGUCUGUUGUUGCACAAGGUCACGUUAAGAUAGCACAACAUGUUGGUAUGCUCCCUAUGGUUAUCAAUACUUGGGCUGCAGGAAAGGUCCCUCAGGCAACAGAAUCUGGAUGGAAGGUGCUGUCGCUGAAAGGUCCUGCUUUGGAUGCGGUACAAAUGAUCGGCAGCACAUGCGAGUGGUUACAGUGUAGAGGAAGGGUGGGAUGGGGUGGUAGCCCUGAUGAGAGUGGAGAAACAACUUUGGAUGCCAUGAUAAUGGAUGGUGGUUCUCAUGAUGUAGGGGCAGUAGGUGACCUCCGUCGAGUGAAGAAUGCAAUAGGAGUUGCCAAGGAUGUCAUGGAAUUUACCACCCAUACCAUGCUGGUUGGCGACUCUGCAACCAAGUUUGCAGUGUCCAUGGGUCAUACAGAGGAAGAUCUCCAUUCAAAUAGUUCUCGACUGGAGUGGAAAAAAUGGCUGUCUGGUAAUUGCCAGCCGAAUUUCCGCCAGAACGUUGAACCAGACUCGAAGCAGUCCUGUGGGCCUUACAAACCAAAAUUCCCAUCAACACCACAUCAUCCCACUGGCCAUCUAGAUCCAAGCAACCAUGAUACCAUUGGUAUGAUGUCAGUUGACAGUCAUGGCAACAUUGCAGCUGGCACCUCAACCAAUGGACUGAACCAUAAAAUUCCAGGGAGGGUUGGGGAUUCACCUAUCGCUGGAGCUGGAGCCUAUGCUGAUAACGCGGCAGGAGCAGCAUCCUGUACAGGUGAUGGAGAUGUCAUGAUGAGGUUUUUACCAAGCUAUCAAGCCGUGGAGAGUAUGCGGCAAGGCAUGAAUCCUUCUUCAGCAGCAACAGAUGCCAUCAAAAGAAUUGUCAAGUUUUAUCCUAAAUUCUCUGGUGCUAUCAUUACAGUGAACAAGACUGGGUAUUAUGGUGCAGCAUGCAAUGGGUGGCCAAGUUGGCAGUACUGUGUCUUCAAUCCGAAAAGCCCUACCGUUCAGAUUUAUAAUAUCACCUGCAGUGGAAAUACCUCAUAAUUGAGCUUGUUAGAAAAACUCAAUUGGUGCUAAACAAGUUGAAAUGUGCCAUAUACACAUGUACUAUAAAUUGCUUCAUGAUUCCUUGCAGCCGAAUUUAGGCUACAGAUAUGCUUUAAAAUUCAGAUGUUUUGAUGUGAUGAUUUUAGAGAGUGAUUUUGCUCAUAAUAUUUUGAUACCAGUAGUUCUCUCUAGCUUCUGUACAAAAAAAUAUGUCUGUAUAUAUGUAUUUAUGUGCUGUUGUAUUUUCUGAAUAAACUUUAAAAAUUCA